AUGGCGAAGAAAAGAAAAUCCGAUGCGACGAGGCUGGAUGAGGUGGAUAGAACCAUGUACUCCACCUUCUGUAGCGCUGCUAACUCUCUCUCUCAGCUCUACAGCCAGGCUACGCACCACCAGAGACUCUCCUUUCAGGCCGGUGAACGCCACGCGCUGGAGAAACUUUAUAAUUGGAUGUUAAGACAACAAGAAGGUGGGGCAAGAGUGGCAACCGGGGAUGUACUUGCAUACAUACAGAAUGAGCUCGAUUAUGGGACACAGGAACUCUCUCAAACUGCAAUACAAUCGACUCACUCAGGAACCCCUAUAUAUUCUGGACAAGGACUGCGAUCUGGAAAUCCUGACAAUCAAACGAAAAACUCCAUUUUCUCGAAUGCACUCUCCAGUCCUGUUCGUAGGACUCUUCAGCACUAUCACCUGACUCAUGGGAGUUCCAAUUCGAACAACAUUAUUCCUUCUGCCAACGGACAGAGAAACAAUGAGAACAGCAGUCACCCAGGCAGGGACCCAAAUCCACCAAGCUCUAUUGACACUUCAAUGGACAUGCACGCAGAUAGUCCUGGCCAUGAUUCUCCAUACUGA